AUGCAGCUCCUCAUCCACGACUAUUUCGAACACCACCUCUCUCUCGACCGCGCUGACGCUAUAACCCUUCACAAACGCUAUUACAAAGACUACGGUCUUGCGCUGGACGGAUUAAUCCGACACCACAAGAUUGAUGCGUUAGAAUACAAUACCGAAGUAGACGAUGCUCUGCCAUUAGAAGAUAUUCUGAAACCCGAUCCGGAGCUUAGAAUUUUGUUGGAAAAGGUGGAUAAGAGUAAAGUCAAGAUGUGGUUGUUUACUAAUGCGUAUGUCAAUCAUGGGAAGAGGGUUGUGAAGAUACUUGGGUUGGAUGAUUUGUUUGAAGGGAUUACGUAUUGUGAUUAUGCGGAGGAGAAGUUGGUUUGUAAACCGAAGGAGGAGGCGUUUCUGAAGGCGAUGAAGGAAGCUAGUGUGACGGAUAAGUCGAAGUGCUUCUUCGUCGACGAUAGCCCGUCGAAUUGCAAAGGUGCAACCGAGUUUGGAUGGACGAGAACAGCUCAUUUCGUAGAAGAGGGGCUACCGGAACCUGCGGUUAAGGCGUCGAGGUUUCAAAUCAGGAAUUUGAAAGAACUGCCGACAGUCUUCCCAGAGCUAUUCAAGCCAGAGUAA